GCCUCUCCGCCCGCGCGUACACAACACGUUAGUCGAUCGCACUUCGCACGCAACAUCAAUUGAAACGUACGUAAGUACGCGCAGGUGAUAGAAUACGAAGCGAGCGUAAUCGUCGCGUAACUGCCACCUUAGUAAUUGGCGUGAAGGAAGCGUACGAAGUGCAGGCCACGACGCCUCAGACCUGCAAUCAGCGGCACCUGUCCGACACGCGCCGUGAGUUAAUUCGCACCCGCGGUAAACGCACGCGCAAAAAACUCCAAAAUAAACUGGUACCGAUGCACCUGCGGCGCGGUGUCUGCGGCGGCACAGCGCGCCCCGCUCGCACUGCCCGCUAGCCUCGGCGACGCAGGACAUGAUCAUGCUGUUCAAAGGCAACAGCAGUCGCCUGGAGCAUCUCAUAGAGAAAAUACAGGCCAACAAGGAGAACCACGACGUCACCACUGACGACAUAAAAGAGGCAUUGGGCAGUGUGGGCAGCGUGGGCAGUACGGCGGGCAGCUCGUGGCCGUCGUCAGCGGAGCCGUCACCCUCGCCGGCGUCGACACCGACCUCCGCGGACGCGCCCGACGGCGACGCAGACGGCGAGCCGCCCUACACGCUCGGCGCCACUGAGCACACGCCCUACCAGUGCCCCUUCUGCGACAAGGCCUUCCCUAGGCACUUCUAUCUCAAGAAGCAUGAGCAGACGCACUCAGACCAGAUGCCGUUCCGAUGCGAGUUCUGUUCGCGACUGUUCAAACACAAGCGGUCGCGUGACCGGCACGUCAAGCUUCACACAGGCGAUCGCAAGUACCGCUGCGCUCACUGCGAGUCCGCAUUCUCCAGAAGUGACCAUCUGAAAAUCCACAUGAAGACGCAUGACAAUCAGAAGCCGUUCCAGUGCACGGUGUGCAACCGCGGCUACAACACGGCGGCCGCGCUCACUUCGCACAUGCAGGGCCACAAGCGCGACCGUGCGACCCGCGACCCGCGCGACCCGCGCGAUCCUCGCGAGACCAGAGACCACGACCGCCGCAGGACCACGCGCUGCCUACAUUGCGGAGACGCUUUUCGAAGACCGGAAAUGCUUCAGGCCCAUAUGGCGACAGCGCAUGGCGUGGACGCGACUUCCCUGACUCCACCGCGUCGCGUCGCCUCCCAGCCGCCGCCGACGCUGCUCGCAUGCAUCUACUGCACCCGGGACACCUUUACCAGCAUGGAGCAGCUGCAACUACACGUCCGUGCGGCACACUCCGCGCUGCUCAAUGGCGAUACCAUAAUGCCCCCGGCCGUCGAGCAACCGACGCCUACGGACCUCAGUCGGAGAACUAGCGAUGACGUCACAAUCGCAAAACGUCCCAAGUCAAGCUCGGAGUCGGCAACGCCGCAAACGUCGCUAUCUCCGAGUACACUCUUAUGUAAUCAGUGCGACGCAGCCUUACCAGAUUUCGAAGCUUUUAGAGCUCAUGUGAAAGGGCACCUCGAGGAAGGCGGUGAGCUGAGUCGCUCGAGCCCCGCGCCCUGCGUGCACUGCGGCGCUACAUUCGCGGACGUGGCGGCGACGGAGCGCCACUUGGCGGCGCACUACCUCGCCGUCUCCUGCGAGUACACCUGCCACAGCUGCGUGCGCAGCUUCCCCACGCCGGACGACUUGCAGAAACAUCUCUUCGAUCUACACGCUCAUCAUUUGUAUCGCUGUUCUCUUUGUAAAGAAGUCUUCGAUUCCAAAGUAGCUAUUCAGGUGCAUUUCGCGGUGGCGCACAGCGGCGAGAGCAAGGUGUGGGUGUGCCGGCCGUGCGGCGCGGGGGGUGCAGGAGGUGCGGGGGGCACGGGGGGCACGAUGCGGUCGGAGGCGGAGGGUGCGGCGCACGUGCGGGCGCGACACGGAGGCGCGCGGUGCCGCUGCGGGGCGCUGCUGGCCGCGCCGCGCAGACACUACCGCUGCCCCGCGCCCGCCUGCCCCGACACCUUCGCCGUCCAGUACCUGCUCGAGAGGCACAUGCAGAUGCACCAGAACGUCAUGCAACAGACAUUGAACGGCGAAAUGAUCCGUCCGAAGCGCUUGGACAACAACAAUGUGGAGGGCGAGGAGGCGUGCUCGCCGUGCGCGGGGGGCGCGGCGGGCGCUGGGGGCGUGGGGGGCACGGGGGGCGCGGGGGGUGCUUUGGGCGACGGCGCUGGUGUAGCCGACGAGCGGCGCAGGAAAAAUGGUGCGGUGGCGCUGCAGUGCGCGUACUGCGGGGAGCGCACGCGCAGCCGCGCCGAGCUCGAGGCGCACACGCGCGCGCACGCCGGCGCAGCGCGACACAAGUGUCUCAUCUGCGAUGAGGUGCUACCCUCCGCGGGGGUGCUGGCAGAACAUAAGCUAUCGCACUGCAAGGUCAUAGCCGGAGACACGUGUUCACGAUGCCGAGCGAGGCUCCCGUCCGAGGAAGCGUUCCUGGGGCACAUGGCGCGGCACCACCCCGCGCUGCCCGCGCCCUGCGUCGUCUGCCGCCAGACGCUCGCCUCCGAGGCCGAGGCGCGCCUCCACGCGCGUUUCCAUCUGCGUCCGAACGACGACGAGCAGCGCUGCGCGAUCUGCCUCAGGCCGCUCACUAUGGGCGAGGCGGGGGAGGGGGUGCGGGCGUGCUCCUCGUGCUACGCGCGCCACGCCACGCCCCGUGCCGCACCCGCCGCGCCCCCCGCCGACCACGACUGCCGGCUGUGCAGGCGCUCGCUGGGCUCGCCGGCGCGGCUGCAGGCGCACCUCAUCGAGCACACGUUCGCGGGUAUCGGCGCGUUCACGUGCUACCUGUGCUCGGCGGUGUUCACGAGCGCCGCGGGCCUGCAGCGCCACCUGCCCGAGCACGCCGCCGCGCCGCGCCCCUACGACUGCGCGCGCUGUGGACUCAAAUUUUUCUUCCGCGCCGAACUAGACAACCACGCUUUUGUGCACAUCGAGGAGGCGGAAAUAGCGCAGAGGGCGUUUUACGAAGCAUACGCGAGGGGCGCCGCGUCGGCGUGGGCGGCCCUCGCCCCGCCGCCGCCGGACGCGGCGCCCACGUCCUCCGCCGCCGAGCCUCCGGUUAAAACGGAACCGGAAAUAAAAGAAGAACGGAAUGGCGAGGAAUAUAUAGAAGUGUCGUCACCAGCGCCUCCCGCCGCCGCGGCGGUGAAGCAGGAGCGCGCGGAGGUGGACUGAGCGCGCGGAGGUGGACUGAGCGCGCG